AUUAUUAUACUCGCUAUUAUUAAGAAAUGCAAUUAACUAAAUGCAGGUUAAAAGCGUAUAGAAUAUUAGAAUCUAUACUAUAGAUGCGGAUUGUUCUACAUUUGUUUUAUUUAAAUGUAGGUAUCAGAAUAUUCAUUGUUAUUUUUGUAAGUAUUAGCCAUUAAGACGUACAAAUUAUAAUAUUACAAUACAAUAUUCAAAAUUCAGUUUGUAGGAGAUGAUACUGUUUAAAAUAGUUGUAAAAUAUAGUAAAUUAUUAAGCUGCGUACACUGCAUUAGCGAGCCGAACCUCUUGCGAAGUGCGAACUAUUUGCGAACCGUUCGCACGAAUCCAUUUACCGUCGGUUUUUUUUGACCAACUUCUAGCAAACUUGGUACAAAUUUGGACGUCACAAACGGUUUGCAAAAGGUUCGGCGGCUUAACAAUAUUGUCUAUUUUAAGUUAUAAAUAUAGAAAUCUGUUGUUGUUGAAUUAUAAUUUAUAAGUAAUUUGCGGGGAAAACCAUAAACGACCGUUGCGUCCACCGUACUCCGCACUGCCCAUGUUUAUCGUUCGGGCACGGCGUUCGUUGGCCGUCGGCCGUCUGUCACGCACUCACACGACAAUCGACAAUACGACAUCGGACAUACAUAUUACAUACACUGAUACAAAUGUCAAAUAAUUACAAUUACAUUGCAGAUUUAACCAAGUAUUCUUGUCUAAAUGCAUUUUACAUUUUAACAUAAAACAUUCAACAUACGUAUUCGUCACUUGUAAUAAUUAAUAAUUAUUAUACUGUACGUUUUAUUGUGUCGUUCGUUUUUUACGAUGGAAGUCAUAAUAUAAAAAAUAUCUGCAGUUUACAGUUCACGAACACAUGUUUGUCUACAUUUUGGUUAUUGGAUGAAGUAAAAAUUGAGAUAUUCGCAAGUUGACGAUUGUAAUGUACCUAUAAACAUAGUACAUUUAUGUCAAUAAUUUAUAUUUUUAACAACUUAAAAAUUAUAAAUUUACAGCUUCAGACGCCACGAUAAAUUAUUAAUUUAUAUCAAUUGGGAUUUUGUUACCCUAAAGAAAAUUGCAGUAUACUGUUGCUGAUGAAUUCAAUGCUUGGUAUUGAAGUAUAAUUAUUAUAGAAAUUGUAUAUUAGCAUAUUAUGCUUUUAUCAUUUAUUAUAUUUAUAUAAGUUUCCAGACGCCAACAAAAAUAUAGUAUUAGAAUAUGGCAACCUAUUCAGUAGUUCACUUUUAUGGUGAUGACUCUGUAGAACCUGUACCCAGUUUUUGGUUCACAAAGAAUGGAACUUGUGCGUGGCCAAAAAACAGAGCUUUGAUUAAGAAAUUUGUACAACUUAAAACUAUUCCUAAUGAAAUUGAAUUUGAUUACCAUGAAGCAAGAAUUCUUAAAAAAAAUAUCAAAUCAUUUGGAGAAGCUAAUAAUUUGGCAGAAAAAGGGUGUAAUCAAAGUGACCUGUCAGAUAUUGGUGAAUUAAAGUCUAAGAGAAAAUUAAAAGUAAAAACCAAUAACCAGUCAUAUUCAGAUUGUCCCGAGUAUUCAGAUUCUGAUGAUGAAAAAUUCAAUAAAAGUAAUAAGUCUGAUCGUACAUUAAAAUAUGCAGGUUGGUCUCCUUCUCCAAAAAAGUUGAAAAUGCUGAAAAAUCAACAAAGACCAUCGAUAGUUAAACAGCUGUCUUAUGACAUACCAUCAAAUUUGACUGAUAAGUAUAAGAAUGAUGUACCAACAUUUAAUUUAAACUAUUAUGAUAAAAUUAAUAGUAAUGAAGAAAUCAUUGAAAUUCAAUUAGAAUCUUCUGAUGUUCAUCUUGAUGAAAGAAGUUCAGAAGUAUGUAUCAGAACACCUAAACUAUUAGACAUAUCUACAGAAGCUGUUAAAAAUAGUACACCACUAGGCACAGAUUAUCAAAAAGAAACUUUACAUAUGUUGACAUUUAUCAAACAUGAAUUAAGACGUAUCAUAAACAAUCAAAGGGAUAUGGCUCAAAGACUUGAUUUUAUUGAAAUACGUUUAAAUAGCAUGCCAACAAAAGAUUCUUCUAUGAAUGGGAUAUCCUCAUCAUUAUUAAAUGAUAUGACUUGUCCGUUACCCAUCGAUAAUAUGGCAGAUCUUGAUACAUUGGAAAAUAAUAUUUUGGGAGAAGGUACAUUCCGCAUAAACUUGGUGAAUGAACUAUCUUAUAUUGGUGGAAAAAAUGUUAAAUCGAUGGUAAAAAGGCUUAUGGCUAAGUUAUUUAAAGAUGAGUUACUGAAAGACUUCUCUUAUACAGGGAAAAAAGGAAAACAGAAAUUUUCAAAUUUAGCAACUUGUUCAGUAAUAUUUGAUGCCAUCAAAACUCAAGAAAAGUUUAAACACAGUACUCAAAAUGAAAUGGAAGAUAUUAUUAAGUAUGUACUUGCUCAAGCUCCAUUUAAUUUGAAGAGGCAAAUUGAAAAAAAAAACUAACCUUUAUAUUUUUUAUCAUCCAUACUAAUUCUUUUAUUUAAAGCUGUAUCAAUUUUUUUUUAAUCCAAGUUGGAAUA